AUGAGGUUCAACACCUUUCCACACACCGACCAAGGCUUGGUUGUGACCAGUAAUGACAUGAUAACUGACGAGAAGACGUAUAUAACAAUUUUUGAACCGAUUGGUGCUCGACGUGUCUUUCCAUGUUGGGAUGAGCCGAAGUUCAAGGCAACCUUCAACAUCUCUGUCGUGCAUUCAUCCUCAGUACAGCUCUUCUCGAGCACGACGCACAAGGAGAAAAACAUAUUGCCGGAGCGCGGAAUGAUGCAGAUGAUCUUCGAGCCUUCACCGGUGAUGUCGACUUACCUCGUAACGAUCGCGAUUACUGAAGCCUCUUUAUAUUUAGCGGAAAAGGGUAACUUUAAAUUGUGGGGCCGAUUGCUUGAGCAGGAUUUACGUUUAGAUCCGAACGAUAUCAUCGAAAGGAUCGCUGUUUUGACCGAUAAGUUUUUAAAAAAAUACACGAACAAUUUGUGGAGAAAUAUGAUAAUCAGCAUUCUCUUGUAUCCGAAUCUUCCGAGUAACGCUGUGGGAGCCUGGGGCUUCACAGCUUUCAGAGAAAGUGAUCUCAUUUACAAACCGGAUUUGCAUUUUCCCGGACGCGAACUUGAAAUAUGGAAUAUGGUAGCUAGACAAAUGACACGACAGUGCAUCGAGAGUUUCGUCAGCCCAAUGGAGUGGUCUCACCAGUGGCUGAGCCAUGCACUUGCAACGUUUCUCAGUUAUAAAAUCGCUAAGAAGGAAUACGGGGAAGAUGUCAUGAUGCAACUUUUUGUAGUGCAGGUUCUACAGCCUGCUCUGCAUAACGAUAUUGAAAUGAAUGUGCCACCUGUUAUGCACAAAUAUGAUCCGAUUUAUUCUUCUCUCAUUUAUAAAAAAGCAUCCGCCAUGAUAAGAAUGUUGCAAUAUAUCGUCACAGAGGAAGUGUUGCAGCAAGGCUUUGCUCAGUAUUUAAAUACCUAUGCUUACAGCUCCGCCACGCCAAACGAUUUCUUCAAUAUCCUGAACAACGAAAUGAUCCGAUCAUAUAUAAAUUGCAAUUGCAACAUAACGGAGGUAAUGCAUAUCUGGCUUUUGCAAAGACGUUAUCCAACAUUGCUUGUUGAAGAAAAUGAUGGUGGUAUGUCAGUUAAAUCUUAUGAUAAUAAAGAUUCGCAAGGACAAAACAAAUGGCCGAUACCAGUGAUAUUCGCGACAGAAUCACAAUUUCGUUUCGGAAGAGAUUUAUCUGCAUUAUGGUUGGAUAACAAUUUGUUGCAGAACGCAAAGAGUUCAUUAGAUAUUAAUGUGUACUCACGAGAAGAUUUGGUUAUAUUUAACGUGGAACAAUUCGGCUAUUAUCGUGUUCAUUACCAAGAAAACUGGAAAAAAAUCGCGAACUACCUAAACAACAACGAUCACACGAAGAUACAUGUUCUGAAUCGUGCGCAAAUCAUCGAUGAUGCGUAUCAUUUCUUAAUGCAGGGCGAAAUAAGUUCCUCGCUCUUUUGCGAUCUGAUCGAUUUCUUACGGAAAGAGACAAAUUAUAUAGUAUGGCAUAGUAUGAUGAACGUCUUGCAAUAUAUUUCGCCGUUCUUCAACUUCCCAGAAAGUCAACAGUUCAAGGAAUAUAUGUUGAGGAUCAUGGAUAAAGUUUUGACGAUAAUCGGAUAUGACGAAAACUCUAAAGACGAUGACAUGCUGAAAGCAACACGAUUAUUACUCCUUAAUUGGGUCUGUAAACACGGUCAUGCUAAAUGUAGGACGAUGGCUUACGAUAAACUGGUAGCAUACGUCAAAGAUCCCGGCAAUAAUCCAAUUUUGCCAGGAUGGAGGGACUGGACGUUUUGUGCGGGUAUCAUGAACUACAACAUCCAAAAUUGGUCUGAAGUGAUGCUUAAUAUAAUGAAAGGGAAUAAUGAAAUGUUAAAACACAUGGCCUGUGCCGAAAACGAUCACUUGCUUCUAUUGUAUUUGGACCUGACCAUAUCCAAGCCUCAUGGUAAAUGGGAAAAAUUGGGAAUAGAGCCGAUGAAGAAAUUGUAUCAUGACAUUGUAAAGAGGCACGCAAGAAAGAAUCAAGUGCUGGAUUACAUCCUUAGCAUUCUCCAUAAAAUAGAGCACGGCAUGACUAAGAUACAGGAAAUAGCUGACAUUAUUAUGAGCUUGUAUUCUAAAUGUCAACUUGACAUGGUAACGAAAUAUGUGGAAAAUAAUACCAGCUUGGACUUAAAAGCCACAAAUCAAAUUAAAAAUAUGAUCAAUUUCCGACAGAAGCAAAUAAAUAAGCAGAGGAGUAUAUUCGUGAAUUUUUUCCACACCGUACUUCCAAAUAAAUGCUGA